AUGUCCACUGCUCCGGAGGUUAUUCGUAGAAAUCGCCCGGGGACAAAAAAAGAAGAAUGGUGUGAUUGGCCUGAUGAGGUUAUUGACGAAGUUGAUACAGUUCUCGCAGUACAACAGAUUAUUCAGCAAACAAUUCGGAAAGAUUUCCGCAAUAUUGAAGCCAUUUUAACCGAACCACAGGGUCAGGAUCUUGGUGUUUGGAAAUAUGAGCAUUUACGUCAGUUCUGUAUGGAAUUGAACGGUUUGGCAGUUUUGCUUCAAUACCAUUGUACCCCGGAAACCUGUGCUCAAAUGACAGCAACAGAACAAUGGAUUUUCUUAUGUGCCGCUCAUAAAACCCCAAAAGAGUGUCCAGCAAUAAACUACACUAGACAUACUUUAGAUGGAGCUGCUUGUCUUUUGAACAGCAGUAAAUAUUUCCCUAGUCGAGUUACAAUCCGUGAAUCGUCUCUUGCAAAGUUAAGCUCCGUUUGUCGUCGUGUUUAUCGAAUUUUCUCACAUGCCUACUAUCACCAUCGAAGUCUUUUUGACCAGUUUGAAGAAAAGACAGCCCUGUGUCAGCGUUUCACAGUGUUUGUACUGAAGUACAACUUAAUGAACAAGCAGAACCUUCUUGUGCCAAUGCCGGGUGCUGACAUUGAAGAGGUCACUUGUGUUGUAGAAGGGAAUACCAGCUUAGUCGGUGGGAAUUCAACGUCAGAAGCAAAUUCUUCAACAGAUCCUGGUACCGCCGGUAAUGCUGAUUCUGCUGUCUAG